AUGAAAACACCCCCCCCGCUAUUCGCGCGAUGCCGCCGAGCACAUGAUGUGUCUGUGCAAGCAAGUGCUUGUAAGUUCAGUUGCACUCACCUCCCAGCAGCCUGCUGUCUCCACAUGGGCUGCAAACGGCCGCUUGGGGCCAUCACAGGUAUAUAUGCUCUAGGCAUGCGAUGUUCGCUUGCCUUCGUGCCUUCCACGGCACCUCACGCCUUGAGGCUCGCCAGCAAUGGAUUGCACCGCGCGCGUGCUGCGGUUGUUCGAACAUCAACACGUCGUUCUCUGUGGUCGGCGAAGACCACGGUUAGCAUGGACACCGCCAAUGGAGAGCGGAAGAAAGUAGUAUUUCUCGGCACGCCAGAAAUCGCGGCCUCGUCUCUGGGACUUCUGCUGGAGGCUUCUAGACAGGGCAAAGGCGGUGGGUUUGACGUUGUUCGGGCGGUGUCCAAUCCCCCGGCGCGCACAGGGCGCAAGAAGGUUCUGCAGCCGUCCGCCGUGCAUGCUCUCGCCGACAGUGAAGGCAUCGCGGUCAUGACACCGGCAACCGCCCGCGAUGAAGAUUUCUUGGCCGAGCUGGAGGAGCUGCAACCGGAUCUGUGCAUCACAGCAGCCUACGGACAGUUUCUGCCGCGAAGGUUUCUGGACAUCCCUAAGUUUGGCACCCUGAACGUGCACCCCUCGCUGUUGCCGCUGUAUCGGGGAGCGUCGCCGGUCCAGCGGUGCCUGGAGGCCGGUGAUACCGAGACCGGGGUUACGGUAGCGUUUACAGUGCUAAAGAUGGACGCGGGCCCUAUCGUCAGGCAAACGGUGCGCGAGCUGGAUGGCUCCGAGAAGGCACCCGAGCUGCUGCAAGAGCUCUUCUUGGAGGGCACGAAGCAGCUAAUCGAGUGCCUGCCAGGGGUGUGGGACAACACAGUCAAGAAAACCCCACAAGACGACGCUGCGGCCGUGAAAGCCGCCAAGAUUUCUGUCGACGAAGCGCGCUGCUGCUUCAAGACUAGUAGCGCCACAACAAUCCACAACAAGGUUAGGGCGUUCGCGGGCUGGCCCGGCACAUGGGCCAUGUUCUCCUGGGGUAAUGAAGGCACGGACUCCGAAGCGCGAAAGGUGAAGCUCAUCACCACAGCGGUUGCGGAUCCAAAGGCGGCCGGCCACGAUGCAGAUGGUGGAACCAUCGUGGAGACCUCAGUCGCCGAGCGACAAGUGGUGAUGAAGGGCGACGCGCUAGAGGUGACGUGUUCGGACGGUAGCGUCUUGAGGGUGCUGGAGCUGCAGCCGUUGAAUAAGAAGGUCAUGAGCGCGAAGGCGUUUGCGAAUGGUCUUAGGGGAGACGAGAUGAGAUGGGUUGAGCUAGAACCCUUGGCAGAUGCGGUUCCAGCAUGAUGACCUAUUUGCUGCUGGCCAACGUCUUCAGGUGGUUGAUGUACCUUAGGGGUAAUUGUUUCACCACGCCCCGCUGGUGUGGACUGUUGGUGUGGCGCAGGAUCAACGGUGUGUUGUUGCUAAAUUUCUUUAGCCCUGGAAGUUGGUUUUUGUCUCCUAGUUGCAGGGCACUCCGGCGUCAGUGCCGUUGGCGGUUUGUCGAUUUAUCCGAAAAAAUUAAUAGAAGAUUCUUUGGAGAUCAUGUCGUCCACAAGCGUGACGAAGGAAUUCUACACUCGCGUCGCCAUUACUCGUGAAGAGGGGAUCCCCUUCUCAAGCGGAUCAAAACAUAUCCGAUAUACGGUCCGUAUUCAUGCUUAGCAAACAGCGAUCAGCUAACAAUUCCUGAGCCUCCUUAACCGUAGUCGCUCUGCAAGAGGUAGCUUGGAUGGCGAUUGUCCUCUUAUCUUCAUCUGGUCCCCUCCCCCGCUACCGUCGCUGUCGCAUCGAUCGCUUGUGCUAUCAACGAACGAAAUGUGCUUGUUCCCAUUGGCAAGCGCUGGUGACUUUACCCCGCCCGGCAUCUCUACAGAUGCCGGAAAUCGUUCUGGCUGCCCAUUUCCGUCGGAGCCCUUUCCCGCUCGUUUUCCGUUAGAAUGUGCUGGACUCAGCCUCCAGCAGCUGUCAUCGUCGUUGUCGUCUUCCUCCUCC